GUAUGUCAGACCCUGGUUGUUGAAGCGGCACUGAUUCGUUAGCAGCUGGAAUGUGUAUCCCAAUCAGGGUGACCCCCUCCCCCAGCAGUGGCUUACAAAACCAGUGCACAAUGAGACUGGCUGCUCAGAGAGCAUUCAUCUGGGAUACCUGCUUCACUGGACACAGGAGUCACAUCGCUGCACAGGGAUCAUUGCAUCAUGCACUUCGUAUUUUCCUUGGUCUUUCUUCCAUUGGUUUAUACAUACUAUGGUGGCCAACCAGGGGCAAGGCAAAGAAGUGAGGCUGAAAUAUUAAAAGACAUACAUGAAAAAGUAGAUGAUUUAUGGAAUGUAUAUGGUAGCAAAUAUCCCCUUCUAAAUAAUGCCGACACGGUGAUUUAUGCUACCUGUAAUCUGCAACCAAAUCCUCUACUGAAUGCGACUGAGCCUAAAAUCACUGGAAAAGUGCUGUUUAAGCAGACCUACCCACAAGGGAAACUGGAGGCCUACUUUGAUAUACAAGGAUUUCCUCAGAGUGAAUCUACAAGAGCCAUUCACAUCCACACCUUUGGUGACUUUAGUAACGGCUGUAACUCUGCUGGCGGACACUACAAUCCAUAUUCUGUAAAUCAUCCCCAUCAUCUUGGAGAUUUUGAAAAUGUCAAUGUCCGGAAUGGAGAGAUCAAGCAACACCUCUCUAAUCUUAAACCUAGCCUCUUUGGCCCAGUCUCUGUUAUGGGUAGAUCGGUUGUUGUACACAAACUUAUUGAUGACCUUGGCAAAGGCAAUAACACGGCCAGUCUGGAAAAUGGAAACGCUGGAGCACGUCUAGCUUGUUGUGUGAUUGGGUACACCGAUGAUGCCAGCUGGAAUAAAUUGAUGCCAGAGUCUGAUGGUAAAUAGCAUGAUGAAUCUAUAUUAAAUAGUAAUUCAAAGGAUCCGUCUACUAAAAUAGAAUAAUAAAAAAAAAAAGAUGAUUGGACCUGAGGUUUAAGCUCCACUGAUCUGCUCCAUCUAAUAUAAGGGAGUCGAAGAACUUUACACUUUGGAUUACAUUUUACCAUAUACAACAAGAUAUAUUAGUCUCUUAGAUGAUAGGUGGGGAAAGGGGAAUCUGGCAGGGAGAUAUCAUUACUAAAAUUCCCCAGUGAUAUAACAAGUCAAUGGGUCACUCUCGGACCUGUAUCCAUCAGUUACUGAAAUAUCGUUUUUGAGUAACAGUGGUGAUCAUAAAUGCAAAAUCGCUGUUUUAUUUUGGUUAAUGUUUGUAAUUUUACUUAGCAAUGAGGACAAUGUGUUUAAAAUGUAUGUUAUGUUUGAUUUAUUUUCGUCUUUAAAUUGCUGUUAAAUAAAAGUUGACUUGAAAUCAAAUAAAC